ACCAACGGUGAAACCGGACAUCUACCCUCCAUAUGAUAGCAGAUGGCGACAAAUGGGUGCAAAAAGGAUGGUGGAUAGGGAUGUGAGCUUUCUCACCAAGCCUAUGAUAGAUGAAGCUACGGUGAUGGAUGACAGGCAGAGAUUACAGACCGUGGCAGAGCUAAACAAAGUGGGACGAUCGGCAGAGCAGGCUUUUCUGGAAAACAGGAGAGCAAGAGAGGAAGCAAGGAGGUCGGAAGCAAAGGGAGGUAAAGACGAGGAUGGGGGCGAUAGUGUGCAGGAAAGUAAGACUGGGUCAAGGAGUAGGAGAAUGAGAGAGGAGGAGUCUGUGGGGGAAGAGGGAGACGGGGUCACCGGGAGCGAGGACAAGGGAGGAGAAUCAUCAGCCUCGCUUAAGAGGAAAAUCACAGAUAGGGAUUCAGCGAAAGGUGAUAGCUCAUACCAAGGGUCAAAGAGGACAUAUUCAGGGAAGGGAAACGAUGGUUUAUCUUCAGAGGGGGAAAAAAAUCAUGAUGAUGCUAUGAAAGAAGAAGGUCAGGAGGAUCAGGGUUCUCAGGGGGAAGAAAUGGAAGUUACAACCUCUUCAGAGGACACGUCAACGACAGCUUCAACAGAUCAACGAACAGAUCAAGGGCCUGCAACAGGUCGAGUCAGAUCUACAAAAGCAUCAUCGCCCGAGGUUUCGAAAAACACAGCACAAGAUCUCGGGGGGAAGACUGUUGAAGGGGAAGGAAAAAUGGCACAGGAUUCAGAUACAGAUUUGGAUAGGGAUAGUGACAAGAGGCAGGAUGAUUGGGAGGAGGAAGAGGAGGAAGAAGAGGAGGAAGAAGAGGAGGAAGAAGAGGACGAACCGGAAACACUGGCUCAGUGGAUAAAACAUGUUCACAAAUUAAAGUGGGAGAGGCAUAUUGAGUGCUACUCUAAACAGUUCAUUUGGCCGAAGUCCUAUCAGCCACAGGGUCUGAAGAGAGCUGAGCAAAAGAGAAGGGCGCAACAACAACAAUUGGAGUUUUCGGGUAGUAUGGAUCAGGAUUUGUCAGAUUCCACUCAGGGGGUGGGGGUGGAUGAACAGAUGGAGGAGGAAAAGAGGCAGGCAGUGAUCUUGGAGGCACAACUGGAGGUCCUCAAGGAGCAUAAUAGGGAAUUAGGGGAAGACACUAUAAAUCUGCAGAAAAUUGCCGAUGCUCCACAUGCAGACAUCAAUGCAGCAGCCAAACUGUAUGCAAGACAGGAACCAUGGAGGAGAAUUGUUAUGCCGUACAGAUGGAACAGCGGCAAUGCUGAUUGGGAGGUAGCCAUCCACAGAUCUCUAGCAUUGAUUACAGUAAAGGACAGCCACUGCGAGCAUGUCAUAUUGAAAGAACAUAUCACAAAAGACCUGCCUUUGAAGGUACACGUCAUUGGUGAUCUCAACCAGGAUAGGGAAGAAUGGGAAGAUACGGAGGGUACAAAGCACAUGUUGGAUUACAGACCGGUCAUGAUUAAGUUACAGGAAAAGGCAGUCCUGGCGGAUGGAUUCAUCUGGAUGCCAUGGCAGGUAGUGGAGAUGAUUCCAUAUGGUCUCCUGGGAGGGUCGGAGGCGGCAGAAUGGGUGGCAAGAGGAGCAGUCAUAGUGACCAAAAGUGAUGUAUUUGCAUGGCAACCUGAUUACAUUGACGGAAAGAUAGACAUUGUGGCUACAGCAAUAGAGUGGACACAGACGGGAUCUAGAGUAGUGAAUUCGAAUAAACGUCAAAGGAAAUAACUUAGAUCAUGGAGGAGGGUUUAAGAGAAGGAGUUUACAAACGUAGAAGGACAGUGGAAGCGUCAAAGAGUAGGGAACCAGACUUGAGGGUUAUGUCUUGGAACAUCAAUGGUAUGGUACAAAUUUUGGAAAACAAAGACAAGUGGGAUAACGUAAUAAAGUAUUCAAAUUUGUUUGGGAAGACACCCCCAAAUUUUUUAUGUUUGCAGGAAACUCACCUAACGGAGUCCUUGGAGCAUCAGAAUAUUCAGCAGAGAAUAGUAAGACAGUUAAGGUGGGUUAAGGCAAGUUUUUGGGCGGUGGCUGGCAGGUCACAUUCAGCAGGAGUAGUAAUUUUAUUGAACAAAAGGUCAAUGGCAGC